GUUUCAAUAUGCAUGCAUUCCACAAGCACCGUCGAGCCAUGCAGAUAGUCUCGGCUUGAAGUAGGCGUCUCGCAAGGCCAGAAAUGGCCAUGGACAAUUUCCAUAGGAACGCCUGGACGCAGCUUUCGAACUUACCAAGCCUCGCACAGACAUGCAUCAUAGAGCACCUCACGCCCGCGGAGGUGGCGGCUCUGCGCCGCACCAGCCGAGCCCACCGCACGGUUGUCGACCAGGUUGUCACGCGCCUUUACCCCUGGGUCGUGGCACCCGAUGGCGUGCCUGCCGCAGCCGUGCAGCUCUAUCGGAACCAGCCCAACAUAAAGGCUGCCGGCGUACCUGCGACAUCUGCUGGCGCUGCUGCUGCAUCACCGGCAGUGGCAGCAACCGCGCCGCAUGAACGCAGACGGAACGGCGCCGGCUCCACCUCCACCUCCACCGCCGCCGCCGGCGCAGCCCUUGACGCAGUUGUUGCUGCAGCCGUGUCCGCCGUGUCCGCCGACGCCGGCGCCAGCAGCUCCGCCGGCAGGAUCAUCAGCCGCGACCACGGCCCGUACGGCGUUGUACGAGAGCUGGUACUGCGGCUGCACCCGCACUACGACCGCGGCCUGGAUCCAAGCACCUCCGCCUACGAGACUGACGGCGCCGCCGGCGCCGUCGGCGUGCACCCGCCGAUGCCGUACAUAGCUCAAGGCCAGACCGUGCAUCUGCCGCCGCGGCUGCUGCCGGCGCCGCCGCUGUUGACGGUGGCCGCCGCCUGCUCGCGCGUGGUGCCGGUUCUGGCGGCGCUGCCGUCCCUGACGUCGCUGUCGGCGUGCGCGCUGGCGUUGACAGACACGGCGACGGCGCGGGCGGAGGCGGCGGCGGACGUGGAUCGGCCGCGGAAUGUGGCGGCGGCGCUGCGCUUCGCCGCCGCCAAGGGCCCCCUGACGGCCCGGGUCAAUGGCGUGGGGGCCGCGCAGGCGGCGGCGGCGGCGGACGGUCCGGGGGCUGCGCCGGCGGCGGCGGGAGGGGCAGCGGCGGGUCAGGCUGCUGCUGCGGCGGAGGGGGCGGCGGAGGGGGCGGGACUGGGCGACGCUGCGGGUGCAGCUGGUGAGGUGCCGGCCGGCGGCGACCCCGGCCCCGUGAUGGCGCCGGCAGCGGCGGCGGCGGGAGGGCCUCCUGACGGCGCCGCGGCCGUUGGCGAGGCUGCUGCUGCUGCUGCUGAUGAUGAUGAUGACGAGGAGGAAGAGGAGGAGCAGCAGGAGGAGGAGGCCGAUGGCGGCGCGGAUGACGCCGCGCCGGGUGGCGGCGCCGCCGGCGACGGCACUGCGGCCGUAGAUGGGGACGGCCCUGUUGACGGCGACGGCGGCGGCGAGCUUGGCGGGGGCCUGGCUGGCGGCCUGGGCGCGUUGCCGCCGGGUCUGCAGAUGCUUCCGUCCUGGCCGCUGCAGCGGUACCGGGCGCAGCGGAUGGGUGGCGACUUCACUUCGGAGCGGCUGAACGCGUUCCGCAGGGCCCAGCUCAACCGCCUGCGAGACAUACGGCUGGACGAGCAGCUGCUGCUGGCCGUACGCAAGGUGGCGGCGCAGUGCGGCGGGCUGGGGGGUCGGCUGCGGCAGUUGACACUGACCGAGGUGCCGUACUGCCGCGGCGUCUUUACCGCCCUCGCCCGUCUGACGUCGCUGACAAAGUUGGUGCUGUCACCUCGACUGACCAGCUCGGUGACGGCGGCGGUGUUGACCUCGGCGGGGCGGUCGGGCGGCGGCGGCGGCGGUGGCGACGCGGUUGGGCUGGCGGCGCCGCCAGCCGGCCUGGCGACGACGGUGGGGUCGGCGGCCCGGCCCGGCGAAUUUGGAGAUGCUGAUCUAGCGGCACUACUUUGCGGGGGCGGUGGUAGUGGUGCAGGCGGCAGCAGCGGUGGUGGUGGCGGUGGCGGUGGCGGUGGUGGCGGCGGUGGCGGUCGAGGGCUGAUGCGGCUGCGGCACCUGGACCUGCAUGCGGGCUGCUUCGCGCGGGACACGGACUGGCGGCGGCUGGCGGCUCUCAGCGGCCUCAGCCACCUACGGCUCAACCAGGCGGGGGCGUACGAGUCGGCGUACGGCAACCGCUUUGAGCGCGUGCCGGAGGAAUUCACCCGGGAACCCCUCAUCGGCCCCCUCCGCGGCAUCGAGGCGCUGGCCGCUCUGCCGCACCUGCACACGCUCUCACUCACAGGCCUGGACUGCCCUCCCCUGGCGCUGCUGCAGGCGCUGCCGUACGGCGGCGGGCCGCUGAGGCACCUGGCCCUGCGCAAGAUGUACGUGCUGGAGUGGGAGCACGUGGAGGCGGUGGGGCGCCUCACGGCCCUCACGCAGCUGCAGCUGGCGGCGGACUGGUGCCUGCACCCAGGCGCGGCGACGCCGCCGCCGCUGGACCACAUGGAAUGGAUGGACGAGGACGGCGGCGAGGAGGCGGAGGAGGAGGAGGCGGCGGAGCUGGUGGCGGCGGGGGAGGGCGCGGCGGCCGCCGACGCAUUCGUGCUGGUGCCACCGCACCAGCCGCCGCCGCCGCCGCCACCGCCGCAGGAGGGUGCCGGGGCCGGGGCCUUGGCGGGUGCUGCUGAGGCUGGGGGAGGAGGUGGUGGUGGUGGUGGUGGUGGUAGCAAUGCCGGCGUGGGGCAGGCGGAGGAGCAGGGUCAGGGGCACGGCGCGGCGGCAGCUGGCUCUGACGGCGGCGCCGCACCAAGCGGUGGCGGCGGCGGCGGCGGCGGCGGCGGCGGCGGCGGCGGCGGCGGCGGCGGCGGCGGCGGCGACCCCAUGCAGGUAGACGGCGGCGCGGGCGGCUCCCUGCCGCCGCAGCCCGUGGCACCCGGGGCGGCGGCGGGCUUGCGGGCGCGCGUCAAUGCUGGCAUGGACACCAACACGCACCCCGGACCCGGCCCCAGUGGCAGUGGCGGCGGUGGCGGCGGCGCGGCCGCCGCGACGGCGGCACACGCCGCUGGGCCCGCAGGCGCACCGGCGCCGCCGUCGCCCCUGCCGCCGCCUCCGGAACAAGCGGGGCCUGCCAACGCCGCCGCCGCCGCCGGCCCCGGCGUAAAUGCUCCUGGCGACGCGGGUGCGGCCGUGGCCGCCGCCUUGGGCGCCGCCGCCGCCGCCGCUGCCCCUGCCGCCGCCGCCCCCGCCGGAGGCGACGCUGCUGCGGCUGCUGCGGCUGCUGCGGCUGCUGCUGCUCCGCCUGAUGAGCGGCUGGCGCCCCUGCGCGGCCUGUCCCGCCUGCAAGUGCUGCACCUGGGCGUGGGCCGCAUCUUCGGGGUGCUCAACCUGACGCCGCGGCUGCUGGCGCCGCUGAGCGCGCUGACCAGCCUCACCAGCCUCACACUCAGGUGCACCACUGUGGACUGGGGCCUGCUGGCGGUGCUGGCGCCGCUGCCCUCGCUGGCAGCAGUGUCGCUGCACUACUUCCAGGGCCGCGGCAACAACGGACACAAGAUCGCGGCGGACCUGCUGUCGUGGCGCAGUCUGUCCGCAGUGACCCGACUCAACCUGGGCGCGUUCGAGGCUCAGGCGGACGCGGCCAUCAUCACGCGUGUGCUGCCCCGCUGCGGCGUCACCGCCGCCUCGGUGUUCGGCAUGCGCUCCUGCCGCCCCACCUACGAUGUGUUCCAGGCGCUGGCCGCCGCCACCUCGCUCACCAGCCUCAGCGUGCAGAUCACGUGAAUCGUGUAUCUGGUAUAACCAACGACAGGGCUCUCAAUCGAGGGCUGCCGUGACCUGGCGUUUCCCCGGCAGAGCGCAACCAGCUCUGGAGUCCACAGGGCAACGCACUCCGACCCUUCACCGCGCCAGUAAUCCUUGCGGAAUUACUACCGGUGUAACAACCUCAGACC